CCUUAAUAUGUGUAACAAAAUAAAUAUAAAAAUAUUAAAAUACAUUUAAAUUAAUUUUCUGUUCAAAUGAAUAGUUCUGGUGUUUUAAGGUACUUCUCCAUAGUCAAUGAAUUACAUACAGUAGAUGUCAGUUAGUAUCCAAUGUUUUAAUUGUUAUAUGUAUUGUAUGCGUACUUAUAUUUAACAUUUUUGGAUAUUAAUUAUUGACAUGAAAAAGGUGUAAAAUGUCUCAUUUCGGUUGUGACUCUCGAGCUAAAUUAAAAGUGAGUGACUCCCUUUUCCUCUGUCUUCAGGACCGGCUGUUCUUCGUGAUGGAGUACGUCAAUGGCGGCGACUUGAUGUUCCAGAUCCAACGGUCGAGGAAAUUUGACGAGGCGCGGUCUCGUUUUUACGCCGCCGAGGUCACGUCCGCUCUGAUGUUCCUGCACAGGCAUGGAGUCAUAUACAGAGACUUAAAGCUGGACAACAUACUGUUGGAUGCGGAGGGUCACUGUAAGCUCGCAGACUUCGGGAUGUGCAAAGAGGGAAUCCUGAGUGGAGUCACCACCACCACCUUCUGUGGGACGCCAGAUUACAUCGCUCCUGAGAUCCUUCAAGAGCUGGAUUACGGCCCAUCAGUGGACUGGUGGGCUCUGGGGGUGCUGAUGUAUGAGAUGAUGGCCGGCCAGCCUCCAUUUGAGGCUGAUAACGAAGAUGACCUGUUUGAGUCCAUCCUCCAUGAUGACGUCCUCUACCCCGUCUGGCUCAGCAAGGAGGCUGUGUCCAUUCUUAAAGCGUUCAUGACCAAGAGUCCCAACAAGCGUCUGGGCUGUGUGGUGGCUCAGGGUCUGGAGGAGGCCAUUAAGCACCACGUGUUCUUCAGAGAGAUCGACUGGACGCUGCUGGAGCAGAGAAAGAUCAGACCGCCGUUCAAACCACGCAUCAAAACCAAAAGGGAUGUGAAUAACUUUGACCAGGACUUUACACGAGAGGAACCCAACCUGACGCCGGUGGAGGACAACAUCAUCAAGCAGAUCAACCAAGAUGAGUUUAAAGGAUUCUCCUACUUUGGAGAGGAGACGGUGGCCUAAACACACACACUUAACAGGCAUACAAUUUAAACACACACACACACACACACACACACACACACCACACACCACACCUAAAAGAUCUUCAAGAAAAGACAAAGUAUUUAAAGACACACGGCCUCUGGAAUGAGACCUCCUGAACUUUUCCAGACCGCUCCAGGAACUAUACUAGACCAUCUGUAUAGCUCUCUUUAUGGUUUCUGUGCUCUUGUCGUUUGUCCGUUUGUGCAUAUCCCAUCAAACUGUGUGCUCGAGCAGCAUGUGAGUGCAGCUCAGAUACUGUAAGAAACGCUACUCCACUUGGAUGUAUUUCUGAUGCAGAUGGACAAAACCAAACUGUGUUAUCAGGGGGGUGUUUAAAAGUCGAUACUUAGGACAAGGACAUAGGCUGUUAGUGUGUAUGUGUCUGUGUGUGUGUGUGUGUGUGUGUGUGUGUAUGAGAGAGAUAAAAUGUGAGUGCAAGCGUGCAUGCAUGCAUAGUUGCAAACCUCUAGAAAGAGUCAUUUCUGUACAUGAUGUGCUGUAUCCUGUGUCUUAUCUCCGUGUUUAAAAGAAUGUUUUUCUUCCUUAAACUUGUAUGUGAAUGGAAAAAAAAGAACCAAUGAUUGUAUUUAAAGAAAAAAAAGGUCUUGACAAGCAUUUUAAUUAUUAUGAAAAAAGAGAUGUUAAAAGGAGAUGUAAGAAAUCAAAGAUUUUGUCUGGAUGAAGUCAUGAAGGAAUAGGAAGUUUUGUCAGUGCUUUAUUUUAAAUUUAAGAGUCAAACUGGUUUAUUAAAUGUCAUCUUGAGAAGAUGCACCACAAAAGUGAAACUUUGGCAUUUUUAAAUUUUAGUUUUAGCUUUUUUUCUUAUUAGGAAAAAACAGUUACAUGCACCGUUUUCCAUCUCUCUCCAUAUUUUAGUGUAUAAUUGCUCCAGUUGUUUAUAGAAAAAAACCAAAUGGUACCAUUAGUCGCUAGCUCAAAAAAUGAGCAGUGGCUUACCAUUGGGAGUGUUCAUUGUGAAGUGACGUAUACUCACAGUGUUUAGAAGCUGUUGAUAUUGGGACAGUUGUCCAGUUAAGCCAAAUAAUUAGUCCCUCCAGCAUUUCAGGAUGUUGCAAUCAGGCAAAAUCAGGCAAUUAAUUCAAAUCACGGCAACUUUAACUCAUUUCAUUGUACAGCUGCACACGGCAUAUUGAUCCACUCAGCCUCCCUCUUUAUCUCUCUCUGCUUAUCACAAUACUUCUGGUAACUGUCAGUAGCACACGGCCAGUUUCACCCAGAGUUUAUUAACAAAUUUAAUGACUGAGUCGAGCCAAUUCGUUGGCGUGAACCACAGCUCCGGAGACUUUUCCUGCUGCAGAGAGCAGACGAACUUUAGCGUCUUUCAUAGAGAGAAGACUUAUCAUUUGAGAUGGAUAACGAAAUUUAUUUGUUGUAUUUGUUUUAUUUUAUGCUAAUUUUAGCUCUAAAAAUGCAUCCCAUUUUAUUGUAAAUUUAAAAAAAAUGCAAACUCUAAUGAUAAAAAAACUGUUAAAAGUAUGGGAACUUGCAUCGCAACUUUUUAGAAAAGCAUUUCAGGUGGCACCUGUCCAGGGUGUACCCCGCCUUCUGCCCGAUGACAGCUGGGAUUGGCUCCAGCCCCCCCGCGACC